AUGGGUGCCAAAAUCAAUUUCAGAGAAUUUCUAUCUCCGACACCUCGCGAACAGUUCUCAAGCGAAUCGGCGGCGAGAGGAGCUGGCCAUGAAGACUCUCGACCUUUACAAGUUUCCAACACUGUGACCAUCAGAAGAUCUGAUACGUUGCCCAAAUCGAAACUUGAUAGAAUGCGAAACGAGGUAAAGCAGUUAAUUCAGGAAGGAACGAGACCGGUCUAUGGGGCGAUCAAGAUAAUUUCGUGGAUUGACGAAAAUUUAAAAUGCCUCGAACAUCAAGGAAUUCGUCUAAUUCAAAGAGAAUCGACGGGAAGCUACCAUUUGAUGGAUAGAAUAGAACGAAAAAAGGCAAUUCUGAGGGUUGAACAUGAGGAGAGGGUGAACGAAAGGAAAAGAUACCGUGCAAGAAGAAAUCAAGAAUCAAGUUGGGGAGGAUUCACCUCGUCAAGGGUGAGAUCCGUUUGGAAUGGAGGUUACAUUGAAGUUGAAAGACCACAGAACGAGAUCAUUGACCUUUUAGAUUUCUAUCAGAAUCAAUUGGAAAUUGUUACCAUCGAUAUGGAGGAUGAAAAAGAAGAUGUGAUUAGCAUCUAUGCUUCGGAUCCCGAGUUCGACGACCUUGAAGGGGAGGAACGAGAGAAAGACGUGGAAUCGGAAGAUAAUUCGAGAGUGGGAGAGUUGGCAUUUCAUCGUACAUAUAAAGUUCUCGAUUCGAGAUGGAAAACGGUAGAUUUGCGCAACGGUCGAUAG